AUGACUUUGGAAAUUGCUGCAGGUGUCCUCGCAUCAAGAGCAACUUUUGCUGACUCGUCAUAUAGGAAGCUUGACAAGCUGGUGCAUAAACACCACCUGUGCAUCCGAGAGCCUAGGACAAAAUGCCCGUUGAGUUCGAUAAGUGAUCAGAAUGAGCCAUUUAAUUAUUACAAGGCGGGAGACUACUUGAUUAGUGGAAUCACAUCGACAGCCAAUACUGUAUUUGAACCAUUUCUUUUCAUGGAGCCUCCCACUACCAAAUUUACUUCUAUAGAACCUAUGAGGUACUGGUACCUCCUUCCCUUCUUGUUUGCCAUUCAUGAGAUCAACCAGAAUCCGAGGCUCUUGCCCAAUAUCACCCUGGGCUACAGCAUGUAUGAGAACUAUUUCAGCGGAAGAAUGACUUACGAGGCCUUGGUAGACCUGCUGUCUGUUGGGGAGCAGAAUAUUCCAAAUUACAGGUGUGGAAGACAGAAUAACCUGUUGGCAGUUCUUGAAGGGGCUGACUCUGAAAUCUCCAACAAGAUUUCAAUUAUGUUGGGCACCUACAAAAUCCCACAGUUCAGUUAUGGAGUUGUCAGUCACGUUGCUGAGGAUAGAGACAAGUUCCCUUUUUUUUACCGGAUGGUCCCCAAACAAGAACCCCCUUACUUGGCGAUUGUGAAACUGCUCCUGCAUUUCAAGUGGACGUGGGUCGGUCUCGUCGCUCCAGACAACGACAAUGGGAAAAGAUUCAUGAGCACCUUUGUUCCCGUGAUCACAAUGAGCAGUAUUUGCAUUGCCUUCUCAGAAAUCAUCCCACAACUGGAUUUGGGCACAGUAAGGAAGAACCUGAUUUCGAACUUUCUGGACACUCAUGCCAGUGUAGUUGUUUGUCCAGCGGACACUCAGGUCAUGUUAAUGCUAGGAACACUGAUGCAUGUAGUUAAACAUAUCAAAAAAUCAACUAUGGGGAAAGUUUGGAUUGCGACAGCCCUGCAGGACCUCAGUGCGAGAUUGUUUUUCAAUCUGGUUGAUUUCCAGGCCUCCCAUGUUAUGUUCUCCUUCUUAAUCCACACGAACAAAAGGACACAAUAUGAGAAUUCCGAUCCUCUUUUCUUUGCUAUCCAGCAGUUUGGGGAGAGAGCAUUUCAUUGUUUCUAUUCCAGACACGUGCUGUCUGUGAAAGUCUGGAAAAGAUGCACUGAAAAAGAGAAAUGGGAGGACGUGCCUCAGGAUGCGAUGGAAAAAAUCCUGUCUCAAGAUGCCUACAAUAUUUACAAUUCCAUCCAGGCUCUGGCACAGACCUUAAAUGCUGCAUACUCGACUCGAUCAAAUCGGAUGUUUCACCCUUUCCUGAGAAACUUCCUGCUUUACAAUGCUUCUAUGGAUGGAGCCUAUUUGGAUGAGAAUGGGGAGCUGGCAGCUGACUUUUACAUCGUGAACUGGGUGGUGUUUCCCAACAAGUCCAUAGCUAGAGUGGAAGUUGGGAGCAUAGAGAGACAGGCCACCUCCGAAGUCAAGUUCACCAUUGACCAGAAUGCCAUUGGGUGGCCCAGGAGGUUUAACCAGACCGUGCCUCUUUCUAUAUGUACUAGAAGUUGUUUCCCUGGAUACUCCAAGGUGAUGAAGGAAGGAGCACUGAUCUGUUGCUACAAUUGUGUCCCAUGUGCAGAAGGAACCAUCUCUACUCAGGAAGAUGCAGACAAUUGCAACAAGUGUCCAGAUGAUCAGCAUCCAAACAAGGACCGGAAUCAGUGUAUUCUUAAGCUUAUGAACUUCCUCUCCUAUGAUGAAUCCUUGGGGAUCAUCCUAGCUGUCUUUGCCCUAUUCUUCUCCUUAACCACUGUUGCUGUUAUUGGAAUCUUCAUUAAACACCGAGAAACUCCAGUGGUCAAAGCUAACAACCGUGACCUCACCUACAUGCUCCUCAUCUCCCUCCUGCUUUCCUUCCUGUCCUCCUUCCUCUACAUUGGUCGGCCCCAGAAGGUAACCUGCCUUCUCCAACAAACAGCCUUCAGCAUCAUCUUCUCGGUUGCCGUCUCUUCCUUGUUGGCAAAAACUGUCAUGGUGGUGGUGGCUUUUAUUGCCACUAAACCAGGGAACAGAAUGAGGAAAUGGCUGGGGAAGAGUGUGGCCAACUCCAUUGUGAUUUCUUGCUCUAGUGUUCAAGUGGGCAUCUGUGUGAUCUGGCUGGGAAUCUUUCCUCCAUACCCAGACUCUGACAUGCACUCUCUGCCUUGGCAGGUAAUCCUGCAAUGUAACGAGGGAUCUGUCAUCAUGUUUUAUAUCGCUCUUGGCUACAUGGGCUUCCUGGCUGCCAUCUGUUUCACGGUGGCCUUCCUAGCCAGGAAGCUGCCCGGGGCAUUCAAUGAAGCCAAGCUGAUCACCUUCAGCAUGCUGGUAUUUUGCAGUGUUUGGGCGUCCUUUGUGCCGGCCUACCUGAGCACCAAAGGGAAAUACAUGGUAGCUGUGCAGGUCUUCUCUAUCCUGGCCUCCAGUCUGGGCUUACUGGGUUGCAUCUUCAUCCCCAAAUGCUACAUUAUUCUUUUGAGGCCAAACCUGAAUAAAAAGAAGCAUAUAAUGAUGAAACUUAAAGUUGGCAUCUGA